CAGAGACUGAGGCACUUUAAUGAAUUAUAUAUACUCCCUCAUGCCCUGCAACAUUACCAAAAGCAAGCAUUUUCACUUACUAAAUUAACCACUGGAGACUGGUUGUGUUUGAAAGCUACUCUUGGAUAGGUCAUGGAUGUGUUGGAACCUGGGGUAUUUUAACCAGAAGCAGCAGCAAGCUGCAUGUCUCCCUCAGUUAAGUGUUCCUCUGGGCUUGGUCAGGGGUUUCUGAGGGACGUGAGCAGCCACCUUUUGGAGAGAAAGAGCGGAUUUUCUGGAACAUGGAGCUGCAUAGUUAGACUGUUUGACAGUGUGAGAUGAGUGGUGAGAGGAAUAAGGUUUUAAAAGGGAGAGAGGUUAAAGUGAGAAAUUCUGCAAGUCGGGUGGGCCCAGGUUGCAGUCUCAGCCGCCUGGGCACGUGGUGCUGCCGCGGCCACAGCUGUGUACACGGCGUGCCCGGCGCCCACCCGGGAUGCGCCCUUGUGCCCCUCACCUGGGCAGAUGACUGGGAAGUGGAGGUGACUGUGUGGUGCUCACCUCUUCCUCCCCACUGUGGUGUGUUGGGGUGCCAUCACGAUGUCUGCUCGGGGUGUGGGGAGUGACCCACGCAGCCCUCUUCCAGAAGCAGUUCUGCAUUGUGUCUGGUGGAGUCCAAGCACAGAGCAGACGGGCUUUGCAAGUAGCUGCACGGAGUUGAAGGGGAUGUGGGUGCUCGGGCUACUGUUGGGCAGGUAGAUCCAGGGCUGGAAACCGGCCCCUGCGUUCGUCGGAAGAAUGAGGAUUCUGUUCUCUCCUCUCCCAGACAGGAGAGGCUCACAGACUUGGCUUGAACCCUCUUAGCUGCUGUGGGGCCCUCGAACAAGCUGCCUGCCCUCUGUUCCCUCUUCUGCUCCCAGUAGUCAGAUGUUUUAUUUUGUGAAAAUGAUAUGCAGAUAGUUUUCUCCGGCGUCACUGAGAUGUGGCUGGCAGGUAAAAGUUGUGUAUAUUGAAGACAUGUGCUCUAGGUUUAUUGGUCACAUUGGGGUUAAGGUGGCUCAGGGUGAGGUGCAGGUGCCCGGGGCCUGGGCAGCGGGUGGCGGGUGUUCAUGAGGACCCUCGCCUCACUGCCCUCCCCACAGCCAGGUGCGGUGGGGCCCAGGCCUUGCAGAUGGGCAGUCCCCCAGCAACCCGGGGAGCAUGGCUGCUUUGCAGGCUGGGAGGGAAGGGGCCCCCUGUACUGCGCUCUGGGCUCCUUCUGUGCUAAUCUAGCAUCUGUCCCUGGUCUAUAAAUGGCCAUGGAAAUGUUUUCCAAAGCAGAUGCGCUCUGGGCCUCCUGAAUGGCCGGGAAGCAGGCUGCGCCUCCCCCACAGCCCUGUGACCCCCACUGCAGGUGGCUCGCCACUCAGGGGGCUCAGAAUUCAGGUACUAAACUGCCUGCUGGAGUGUCGCAUGGUGGCUGCUCAGAAAACAGCCUUCCUGCUCACGAUUCCGGCCCCAGCUGUGUGCAGCCGCCUCCGCACCACACCGCAGGCAGAGGAGUUGUCUGGACGGGUGUGGUGUGUGUGAGCUGGCCCGCACCCUUGCCCAGCACGUGGCGUUCUGUCUGCUGUGUUUUCUCACUGACCCUACUUUAUUUCCUUCUAGGAUUUGUUCUUCCUUUUAAUGCUUUCUGAGCAAGAGUCUCUGUGCUUUUCCUUUCACCUUGACCUUUUCCCCCCCCAGAUAAAUCAUUGCCAUCUCCUCCUUGUCUCUUUUCUCCCCAGAAUGUUGUAUGUGUUGGGCGCUGUACCCUCUCGGCCCCUUCCUCAUUCCUCCUGGGCUGCUGCUUAGCUCUUCUGCCCCAAUUUGAGGGAGUGGGUCCUGGGACCAUGUGGCAGGGCUUCCAAGGACAGCCGGCAGGCGCCGGGCGUUUGGGGGAGGCCUGCAGUGCCUCUCCUUAAGAGGCCCCCGGCCUGGCCUGGGAGGAUGAGCCCUGAGUCGCUCCCUGGUCCGAACAGGGACCGAAGCUCACCUACUUCCCAGUGCUUCGCCUCUGGUCGAACAGUUCCUGGACUCCUGAAUUUCACUUGCUGUUUGCUUUCCCCCAAAAGCACCUCCUGUGAUAUGUUUUUCAGAUAAGACAUAGCUUGGUAAGUGGGAAUUGCCUUCCGUGCAAUAUUACUUUCAGAGAAAUCUUACGUUUCCCAUUCAUGCCUCUGGAAAUCAGUAAUGACAGGCAUGACAAGAAUUGUGCUUGUCAAAAAGUUGUGACACACUGAGAAUAGUGUGUCACACCCCGUGUAAGUGUUCCGUUGUCAGUGAUCCUGAAGUCGUUGGAGUUGGGAGCUCAGAUCCGGGGACUCUGGCACCCGGGCCCCCCCACCCCCUCAGCCGGCUGGAGCAGGACCACGCGCUGAAUGCGCUCCUGAACUUGGCACGUGGCCUCCCUCCUCCUUGUAGGAAUUUCCUAGGAGGCGCCCCUCAGCCCUGCUGUCCUCCGAUCUGUGACCAGAAUGGGAACUCAGACCUCCGUUCACAGUCGGCUUCAUCGGCUGUGGGAAUACGGCUCCCGUCAUGUCGGCAGGAAAGGUGGUCCUGUGUAUUUUUUCCCUAGUGUUCCUACGUCAUUUAUACCUUGUACUGUCUGUGGGCACACUGCUCUGUAAUUUGGGGAGCCCCAAAGACUGAGUGGUGCUCUCAGUGACAGCGUCCGCUCUGUUCCUGCCGGGGCAGUGGGAGCCGGGCGGCAGCCCCUGCAGCCCCUGCGGGACACCACCAGCCCCUUCCUCGCGGUUCCCCUGUCAGUACAAAGGGUUUGGGCCUGUGUGGAGCUCAAGAGCUUUAAAAACCGUUAGCCCAAUAAAUCCAAAAUAUCAUUUCAGCAGGCAGUCAAUAUAAAAAAUUGAGAUAAUUUAGCAUUCUUUUUGCUUUGCUGUCUUUGAAAUCCGGUGUGUGUCUUACACGUGCAGCGUGUCUCCGUUUGGACUGGCCCCAUCACCGGUCGUCGGUAGCACGUGACUAGCGGCUGCCAUCCUGGACCACGCGGGUCUCCUCGGGCCACCUGGAGUCCUAAGGCCUCAGCUCAGGUCCACGGGGUCCGAGCGUCCGUCCUUAGGCAGCCUUUUCAUUGUGUGGCUGGAAUUUGUAAAGCAGAAACUAACAGGACAUCAUACAAACUGGAACCUUUACAGAAGACCUGGUUUUCUCGAAUAAUGUUCCACUAGCUCUGUAAGUGGCCCUUAGUCGGUGCUUUAAGGCCCAUUCUGCCCACCUAAAGUCUUGGAGAAGCACUUCCAGGCGGACAGAAAGUCUGGCUGCCCCCGAGCAUCAGCGGACGGCAGUGAGAGGACGUGGUUCUCCGGGAGGGCGCAGGGCGGCACGAGCCUGGUCCUCUCCUCCCCGGAGCCGCGCCUGGGAGGGUCGGGGGUGUUCUCGUGGGCAGGGUAGAGGAAGAAACAAGUCAAACAAUAAGUCAAGACUUUGUCUUUGUCUUUUCAUUUAGUGGAAUAGAAGAUGAACGCAACUGAAUUCAGUGAAGAUGUAGAGGAAGUUCUAAAAAAUAACCCUGUGAAAGUGGAGGCCGAGGUCGAAGAUGCUGCCCUUGACUGCUCGGUGAAUUCCAGGUCUUCUGAGAAGCACCCCCUGGACAGCGUCUUCACUGCCCUCCAGGAUGUCAGCAAGCGAAAGCCGGGUGGCGACGGCCAGCCUGACUCCGUCCCCAGCGUGAAGAGGCGGCGGCUGAUUCCCGAGGCGCUCCUCGCAGGCAUGCGGAACCGGGAGAACAGCUCGCCCUGCCAGGGCAACGGGGAGCAGGCGGCCAGGGGCAGGGGCCUGGGCUCCGCGUGGCCGGCGGAGGAGGGGCCCUGCAGCGACGUGAGCAUCCCCUCCUACAAGAAGCCUCUGUACGGCAUCUCGCACAAGAUCCUGGAGAAGAAGAACCCUCCCUCCGGGGACGUGCUGAGCCCCUACGAGCCCCUGGAGAAGGCCAUCCCCAGCCACAGCCCCUCGCCGCUGCGGCUCCUGAACGAGCCCCAGAAGCGGGACUGCGGCAGUGCCCCCGCGGCCGCCGACGGGGACCCCAACAUCUACUUCCUGAUCCAGAAGAUGUUCUACAUGCUCAACACGCUCUCCUCCAACAUGUCGCAGCUGCACAGCAAGGUGGACCUGCUCUCGCUGGAGGUGAGCCGCAUCAAGAAGCAGGUGAGCCCCGCCGAGAUGGUGGCCAGGUUCCAGCCGCCGCCCGAGUACCAGCUCACGGCGGCCGAGCUCAAGCAGAUCGCGGACCAGAGCCUGUCGGGCGGCGACCUGGCCUGCCGCGUGCUGGUGCAGCUCUUCCCCGAGCUCUUCAGCGACGUGGACUUCGCCCGCGGCUGCAGCGCCUGCGGCUUCGCGGCCAAGCGGCGGCUGGAGUCGCUGCAGCUGCAGCUCGUGCGCGACUACGUGGAGGUGUACUACCCCGCCGUGCGGGACCUGGCCGUGUGGCAGGCCGAGUGCGUGCCGCAGCUCAACGACUUCUUCAGCCGCUUCUGGGCGCAGCGCGAGAUGGAGGACGGCCAGCCGGGCGGCCCUGGGGCCGGCUUCUUUGAGGCGGAGCCGGCGGACGCCGCCCACUUCCUGGACGGCAAGGACCCGGAGGAGGCCCUGUCCCUGGACCGCAGCAGCACCGUCGCCUCCGACCCCGCGGUGGACGCGCGCGACCUCACCGAGUUCCUGGACGAGGCCUCCUCGCCCGGCGAGUUCGCCGUCUUCCUGCUCCGCCGCCUCUUCCCCGAGCUCUUCGACCGCCGGAAGCUCGGCGAGCAGUUCAGCUGCUACGGGGACGGCGGCCGGCAGGAGCUGGACCCGCAGCGGCUGCAGAUCAUCCGCAACUACACGGAGAUCUACUUCCCCGAUGUGCAGGAGGAGGAGGCCUGGCUGCAGCAGUGCGCGCAGCGCAUCGACGACGAGCUGGAGGGCCUGGGGCCGGACGCGGGCAGCGAGGGCGAGCCCCCGCGCGACGACUGCUACGACUCGUCCAGCCUGCCCGACGACGUCUCGGUGGUCAAGGUGGAGGACGGCCUGGAGGGCGAGCGGCCUGGCCGGCGGUCCAAGAAGAUCUGGCUGGUGCCCAUCGACUUCGACAAGCUGCAGAUCCCGCAGCCCGACUUUGAGGUGCCAGGCGCCGACUGCCUGCUCAGCAGGGAGCAGCUGCGUGGCAUCUACGAGAGCAGCCUGUCCAUCGGCAACUUCGCGUCGCGCCUGCUGGUGCACCUGUUCCCCGAGCUCUUCACGCACGAGAACCUGCGCAAACAGUACAACUGCAGCGGCUCGCUGGGCAAGAAGCAGCUGGACCCCGCGCGCAUCAAGCUCAUCCGCCACUACGUGCAGCUGCUCUACCCCCGCGCCAAGAACGACCGCGUCUGGACGCUGGAGUUCGUGGGCAAACUGGACGAGCGCUGCCGGCGCCGCGACACCGAGCAGAGGCGCUCCUACCAGCAGCAGCGCCGGGGCCACGGACCGGGCCCCGAGAGCAGGGACCUGGCGAGCUACCCAGUCAAUCCCGAGAGGUUCCGGGAGGAGUUCGAAGGGCCGCCGCUGCCGCCCGAGAGGAGCAGCAAGGACUUCUGCAAGAUCCCGCUGGACGAGCUGGUGGUGCCGCCGCCCGACUUCCCGGCGCCCGCGCAGCACCUGCUGUCGGACAAGGAGGUGCGCGAGAUCGUGCAGCAGAGCCUGUCGGUGGGCAACUUCGCCGCGCGGCUGCUCGUGCGCCUCUUCCCCGAGCUCUUCACGGCCGAGAACCUCCGGCUGCAGUACAACCACUCGGGGGCCUGCAACAAGAAGCAGCUGGACCCCACGCGGCUGCGGCUCAUCCGGCACUACGUGGAGGCCGUGUACCCGGUGGAGAAGAUGGAGGAGGUGUGGCACUACGAGUGCAUCCCCAGCAUCGACGAGCGCUGCCGCCGCCCCAACAGGAAGAAGUGCGACAUCCUCAAGAAGGCCAAGAAGGUGGAGAAGUGACGGCCGGCGGCCCCCGCAGCGGGCGGACGCGCAGCGCAGGGGGGCGGGCGGGGCGGCCUUGCUUGGGCGCGGGCCCUGCGCUCAGCCCGACCGCCCGGGCCCCGCGGAGCAGGCAGGCAGGCAGGCAGGCAGGCCGGCCGCGGGGUGGGGCCCCCGUCCCCUGGGCCGUGUCCCGUCCGUCCCGCGCAAUGCGGAAGGCAUAGUCGGCUGCCUUGUUCCUCCUCCCACGUUUUACAUCUUCCAUUCUUACCAGUCUUUUUUAUCAAAAACCUUUUUAAUUACAAAGGAACCCUUUUAAAAGAAUCACUGGGCCCUUUGGAGGCCAUUUUACUUAGGGAAAAAAAUCUUUUAAAUAAUUGAGAUGAAGUACUGUAAGAUGACGUCAGUUGCUGGGAAUUUUUUUUUUUUUUUUUUUAAGAUGGUUUCAGAAUUAUGAAAUCUUUAGAAGUGCCAGGUUUGUGCAUGAAGGCCAGGAGCUUCGGGAGGCAUAGAGACCAAUUUUGCUAACCUUGUCUUUUGCAUCUGAUACGGGAAGGGUCAGGAGGCUCCUUGGACAGGGCGGGGAGAGUGUGUGGCCCCGUCGCCCCUGUGGAGCCGGGGGGUGGGGGGACCUGCGCUGGCCCGGCAGAACGUUGGGCUUGCUCUGCAGACGAGAACACUGGAUGACGAUGACACGAAUGUAGGUAGACGUAGAAGCACGGGCACAGUGUCUGCGUUUGAGCUGUGCCCUCCCACUGCCCCCUCCCCGCGAGGACGCUGCCGGGGCGCAGACACAGUUCCUUGGACAGCAUUGUGUAGGGGAGGGGACUACUGGGCUUCUUGUUUGGUUUAAGGAUGGGCCCCUUAGGGCUCACCAAGAACUGUUCACUUUCUCGUGUGUGUGUGUCUAUAUAAAACUGGGUUCUUGGAGCUGCAUGGUGGCUUCACCACACCCUAGUGUGAGCUCCCCCGAUUUGUAGCACACCCUUGUUCCUCAGUGUGGGCCCAGGCCGAAGGUCCUCCUGGGGUACCUGGCCCUGGAAGGACACAGAUAAUCUCAGGUGGGGCUGCCGUGUCCCCUCCGAGGGUCCACUCAGAGCUGCCCCUAAGGUCCUCCGGAAGGACCUCUGGCCAGUCCCUUGGCCUCGGGUGAGACAGCUCUGCUUCCCACACUGGUUGGGAAGGUCAGAUGUCUUCAGGCCAGGGGCAUUGCUCCCCAGGACUUCCAGCCAAGAAAUUCUCCAGGUACAAUGCUGAAAAGUAAUACUCUCACCUACCUGAUUUUGGGGUCUACAUGCCUAGGGGGAAAAGGAAACAGCUAACCCACACCGACUGCAUCACAACAGAAACCCGGGAAACGAAUGGAAUCCUACAGGGUAGUUACAGACUGAAUAACCUAACAGCUUAAUAUUUUGUCAUCUUAAAAUGCAGAAAGAAUAGAAACAAUCUGUGAAUUUUCUUCAUACAGCUUAUGAGGACCUCUGUUCCCCUGGCUGUAUGACAUAAUGUUGCCUGCACCAAGCAGGCAUGUUUUUCUGAUGUGACAGAAUUUUGAGCAGCGUAAAGUUGCUGAUCGAACUUUAGUAUUUGCUUUUAAGUGUCAUUUACAGAUUAUUUCUCUUGAAACUGCAGACCUAAAUUAUUGAAAUGUAGAAAUGCACGGGGACAUUCACGCCCACACCCACCCACCCAUGUACACACACUUCUUACUAAAACACCUAAGUGAGAUGAAGGGGACCUUCAUGCACAAUAAGCUCAUCCUCUUUGCACCUGGAAAAAAUAAGGGACUGAAGUAGCCAGGGCUGCCCCCCCACACCCACACCCUGGGCCUUUCUCUAUGCCUUAGUCUCUCCAAUAUGUGCGUGCGCACAUGCCCUUCCCAAAGAUGGCGGAGGCGCUUUCGCCCACCGGCCCUGCUGGUUGGAGGGUGCCGUGGAGUUUGUUCUGGUCUCUAGGAUGUAUCCAAGAGGAUUCCAAGCCAUGUGACAAUUGCCCUGCUUUCUAGAGGGUGGAAUGUGACCCUGCAAGUUCAGAAGCACAAUCAUUUGUUAAUAAUAAUUUUAAAAAUCCUGUCUACCCAUGUUAGAGAAAAUCAGCAGGUUCAAAGAAUAAAAUGUGUCUCCUUAUAGCCUCGAGCAUGUUCAGCUUUUAGAAACCAUAUUUUGGUGGUUUCCUUAGUACCUUUCCCAUGUAGGGCUUCUCCCCCCCAAAUCUUAGAGUCCCUUCCAGUGAAGAGAGGGGGACGCACUCUGGGAGUCGUUUCCUGUCCCUCUGCCUGUCUCAUCAGGAAACGCCUGCAGGUCCGGGGCUGUCUGUGUGGCGUCCUCAGUUCUCCAGCCAUACAGGUGGGCUCCAGGGGCAGUUUUUUACAUGAAGCAAUAGAAAUACAAAAUACUUAUUUUUUUUUCAAAAUGUAACGUUUUCCAUUAAAUGUGUGGGCAAACCCCUUCCUCCUUUCCAUGGAAAUACUUUGAUUUUUCCUUGUUUGUUUUUGGAGGGUUUUGUUUUUGUUUUUGUUUUGGGCCUGGUAUCCAGAGGACUAAAGAAUUAGCACAGACACAUUUUGAUGUUCAGUGAAAUAGCAAGUCACGUGGGUGGUAGUGGCCCCGUUUUCCCUGUUAGCAGGGUUUGAAAGAAUGAGUGAGGUGGUCGUGAGUGUGCUGGGUGUUCUGAGCCUGCUUCAGGUCACUUUGACUGUCUCCAUGGCAGCCAAUGUUUGACAGGGAAUAAAGUCUAAAGUCUUGUCUAGUGUCCAGGGCGCUAGCAUGCCCUCCCCGUUCAGUGUUGGCCCCAAACCUUUCUUUUUAAGUUUUGGGGGGAGGGGGUACCCCAUCAGCAGCGAUCAUCAACAGCCAAUGGGAUCUACGUAGCGGUGAAGGAGGGACUGCUGCUUGGGUUCCUGUCCAGAUGGCCUCCGUUUCCACCUUUGCCCCCAAAUGUUUGCUUCCUGCUUGAUUGUGGGGGGGUCCUGGGACCCCUGAUUGGAGGUCACAGCUCUCACCCUGCCUGGCUGUGUGGCUAGACCUUAAGAGGUGGGGGUGGGGGCCAAGGGGCUCUUCACGGCCAUUUGGAAAUAUUUGCCUUGUGUAGAUCCAGCCUUAAUGUUUUUCUGACAUCCUGGUGAUAGCAGACCCUGCACAAAGUGGGUAUCAGAUUUAAUACUGUGAGGAGACAAAAUAAUGAGAAUAGUUUUACCAAAGAUCAUGAAAUGCCACGUAAUGUCUGUAUUUUACCAUUGAUUUGAGUGCAUCCUUAGAAAACUGAAUGUAACAAAAACCCAGGACACUUUUGGAAACUGUGUGCUCUCUAGCGACUUUGUGUGAAUUUUUAUACAAGCACUGUUUAAUGAGUUACAUAAAAUGUUAUAAAAAUAGAAAAAUGUA